GUGCAGGGGAUGUCCCUUUCACUCUGUCCCAAACUCUGCCAAAUGUAUCUGCCAAGUUGUCUCUAGAGUUAACUUAACAGACAGGACCUAUUAAGGAGAUGCCUUUAUUGGUGUUUCUGUUUUUCAGGUCGCAAUCGGUCGACCAUCUUGAAAUCACUCCAAAGAAGCAUCCGCCUCACUUUGUCUAUAAAUAUUCCCAUUUGUGCCUCCGUUCGAAUCACAAUCAUCUUGAUUCGUCCGAGUCUACAUCUGACUGAUCAGCAUCACAGUUAUCCAGAGCAGUCAACAGUUUUCAAGACAUUGGUCUCAAGAACUCGACAGCACUAUGGCAAGAUUCGCCUUGUUCCUUUUAGUUGUUGGCUUGGUGGCUUCGACAAACGGUCAAUUAUUACAAGACAUAAUCGACGGAAUCACCACGGGCUGGCAGAUUGCCCCCGGCGUUUCAAUCCGGCCGACCUUUGAUUUCGACCCUAUAUCGGUUGGCGUCGAGGUCAGAAUCGAAUUCAAGAGGUCUGUGAGUCAGCCGACAAAAGAGGGCGUUUUCUCCCGGUUGGAUAUUGAUGGUGACGGCUCCCUGUCUAUCGAGGAGUGGCACGCCCACAAAGGGGGCGUGGUCAACUUCAGUGCGUUCCUGAGCAGCGUGGAUACGGACGGAAACGAGGAGAUAUCGUGGGCUGAAUUUCAGACGGUACAACGCGUCUACAUCAAGAACUAGUAUCAAGCUUGAACAUCAUGCUGGCGACAUGGCUUUAAGUCUUAGUAACAUAGGUCCAUGCAGUUUAAACUAAGGUAGUAGGCAUAGGUCACAUUUGCAGAACUCAAAAAAAAAUUGUCAAAUUACAAUGAAAUAGUUUACUUGGCUGUGAGCAAGUUACAAUGCGAAGCAUCCUGUGAAAACGGAUAUGCUGUCAUUCUCAAGAAAAGCAUGUAUUGCAAAGAUGUAUAAAUUACACACUACGACCGGCACCCGCACGGGUACUAUGCACGACAGAUUCAGCGAGUUGCUCUUUGACGGCUAAAAACAAACACAUUUGUGUCUUGCUAGCACUAAUGGACAGAGCACAUUAAACAACAGGUCCCUGUGCCCCGUGAAUCGGCCGAUUUCGUAAAAUUACGACAGAUGCAAAUGCUACCUUUGAAUAAUGUUGGAUGAUUAAAGGCCAAGUACCAUACUUCAAAAUCUUUUCGGAGUCCUGAGCCUACAUUUAUGACGCUUAUAAGAGUUUUUAUUUCCAAAGCGGACCUUUCCUGCUCAAAACUUUCCAUUCGAAGCAAAUCUGUGCUUGUAUCAGUCGAUCUAAUGUAAAAAUUAAUGGCAAUAAGCUAUUGGUUUUUCGUGUUUAUUUUGAAUUUCUUGAACUUUUACACAUUAACUGAAGUAUAUUAGCUUUCCCAGAUGAAGCUUAAUUAAAAGUGAAAGUAACAAAA